AUGUCGCAGCAUUCCGAUGACCCUGAUGGAAACGUCAGCCUUUGGAUGUCUAACUACCAUUCUUACCAGGACUCGACUUCACAGUCCGGAUUCACUCGCGGGUAUUCGGACCAAGCGUCGACCAUAUUUCCGGUUGAAUAUUAUAAAGAUUCGUUUUACUUGUGGAUUUUGACGUCCGUCACCAUUGUCGGCUUCCUAGGCAACACUGUGUCGAUCGUGACAAUAGUUAGGCUGCAUCCUGUGACGUCAUCAUCAUUAUGUAUCAUUUUUCUCGCUCUCGCCGACACGUUGUCUCUUCUUUCCAAAACUGCGUACAUGCAGCUAUCAUUUCACAACGUCAACAUCGGCCAUUCUGGCUGUAAAAUUUUCCCGUACCUGAUGAACACUUUACCAAUGAUAGCCAAUUGGAUAAUCGUUGUCAUGACAACUGAACGCUUUGUAGCCACGUGGUACCCACUCUGGAUUUACAAAAUCAGCACGUUAAGGACCACCUCAAUGGUGACAUUUGGCAUCGUCAUGUUUUUCUUGGCCAUUAACAGUGUUCAUUUGAUUUUGUUUGAACAAGUGUCGGAUUCUCGAUCCCGUUACUAUUGCCUGCCUCACCAAGACUUCAAACAUUUCAUCGUGAAAAUCUGGUUCUGGACAGAAGGCAGUUUCGCCGUUAUUUUACCCUGUAUUUCUUUGAUUGCCCUGAAUUCUCUCAUCGUCAUUGGUGCCCGAAAGUCUUGUCAGCCCGGAUCCGUCCAAAAGCGCAAGCAGCAGGUCCAGCUGACCGCCAUGUUGGUUACGGUGUCUGCCAUGUUUAUAUUGCUGACAAUUCCAGGCGUGAUUUUCUCCAUCGUCAUCGGGAAAUGGCAUUACUACGCCUCACCCGAUUUGAAAAACGCAUCGACGACUGUAAGGAUAUUGUCAGACUUGAACCACUCGAUCAACUUUUUCUUGUAUUUUUUAACCGGAAGACGGUUUCGCAGACACCUAUUCUUGGCCAAUCUGGAAUCCCAAAGGCCAAGGCGCGCCCAAAGUGUUUGA